GUGACAAAUCCUGGUUUAGGAACAGACCAACAAGGAACUAUAAAAGCACACAAGCAUCUUCCUACCACCGAGGCGUCCUGUGAACAUUGAAGCGACUUUUGAGGAUUAUUACACUUUUUCUUUAACUUUUUCAAGCUUUGGACUUUUGUAUUUUGGACAACUUGGGAAUUCUCUUGUUCUGCACUCAACUGGACAUGAAAGGGAACGACGUUCAGUCUCGAGAUCCCCUGAAAGAAAGUCUCCCCCAAUGAAUCAGUCGGCUAAAAGAAGGGGCUUCUGAAAGAAGGGAUCCUUUGUGAGGAGCAGCUAAGUUGCUCAAAGACUUUCAAAAACCUAUUUAUUUAUUAUUUAUUCGUCAUGGGACGCCACUUACUGUUGCUCUUCUCCAUCCUGUACAUGUUACUCUGCCAGGCAUCUUGCUCGGGUGUCUUUGAGCUGAAGUUGCAGGAGUUUUUGAACAAGAAGGGAGUUCAAGGCAACAAGAACUGCUGUAAAGGAGGACUGACCCCCUCCCCGUAUCAGCAGUGCGAGUGCAAGACUUUUUUCCGCAUCUGCUUAAAACAUUAUCAGCCCAAUGCAUCUCCGGAGCCACCUUGCACCUACGGGGGUACCGUUACCCCUGUGUUGGGAUCCAACUCUUUCCAAGUGCCAGAUACAUUACCGGACGGCUCUUUCACCAAUCCCAUCAGGAUGAAUUUCGGUUUCACGUGGCCGGGAACGUUUUCUCUUAUCAUUGAAGCGGUGCAUGCUGAUUCCAAAGAGGAUUUAACAACAGAGACCCCAGAGCGCAUCAUCAGCACCAUGACCACUCAACGUCAUUUGACGGUGGGCGAGGACUGGUCUCAGGACUUGCAUAGCGUGGGCCGUACCGAGCUCAAGUACUCGUACCGGUUUGUGUGCGACGAGCACUACUACGGCGAGGGAUGCUCCGUGUUUUGCCGCCCGAGAGAUGACGCGUUCGGUCAUUUCACAUGUGGAGAACGCGGCGAAAUUAUUUGCGACGCCGGAUGGAAGGGCCAGUACUGCACAGAACCAAUUUGCCUCCCAGGAUGUGAUGAGGAGCACGGCUUCUGCGAGAAACCUGGAGAGUGCAAGUGCCGAGUUGGGUUUAAAGGCCGCUACUGUGAUGAGUGCAUACGUUACCCAGGAUGCCUUCAUGGAACCUGCCAGCAACCAUGGCAAUGCAACUGCCAGGAAGGUUGGGGUGGCCUCUUCUGCAACCAAGAUCUGAACUACUGUACCCAUCAUAAGCCCUGCCUGAAUGGAGCCACUUGUAGUAACACUGGUCAAGGCAGCUACACCUGUUCCUGUCGGCCAGGCUUCACGGGAGCCAGCUGUGAGAUCGAGGUCAACGAAUGCACAGGGAACCCCUGCCGCAAUGGAGGAAGCUGCACUGACAUGGAGAACACUUACAGUUGUGCCUGUCCACCUGGUUUCUAUGGCAAUAACUGUGAGCUUAGCGCCAUGACUUGUGCAGAUGGGCCUUGCUUUAAUGGUGGACGCUGCGCCGACAACCCCGAUGGCGGUUACUUCUGCCAGUGUCCCACAGGAUAUGCGGGGUUUAACUGCGAGAAGAAGAUCGACCAUUGCACCUCCAGUCCAUGCUCAAAUGGUGCACGCUGUGUAGACCUGGUGAACUCCUAUCUGUGCCAGUGUCCGGAAGGGUUCACCGGUAUGAACUGCGACGGCGCUGGGAACGAGUGCUCCCUUUACCCCUGCCAAAAUGGCGGGACUUGUCAGGAAGGGGCCAAUGGCUACAUCUGUAAUUGCCCACCUGGGUACUCCGGACAGAACUGCAGUUCACCUGUAAGCCGUUGCCAACACAACCCCUGCCACAAUGGCGCCACCUGCCACGAGCGGAACAACCGCUAUGUAUGCGCUUGCGUUCCGGGAUAUGGAGGACGCAAUUGCCAGUUCUUGCUUCCAGACAGAGCUUCCCAGAUAGGUGGCGAUGUUCCCUGGACUGCCGUGGGAUCUGGAGUUUUGCUGGUGCUGUUGUUGGUAGUUGCAUGUGCCGUGAUGGUGGUUUGCGUUCGCUCAAAGGUUCAGAAGCGUCGACGGGACAGGGAGGAAGAAGUCGCAAAUGGGGAGAAUGAAACCAUCAACAACCUCACAAACAACUGUCACCGUGACAAAGAUCUGGCUGUGAGUGUUGUUAGCGCAGCACCAGUCAAGAACAUCAACAAGAAGAUUGACUUUCAUAGCGACCACGAUGAUCUGAGUCUGACAACCGAAAAGAGGAGUUAUAAGACACGACAUGGACCUGCAGACUAUAACCUGGUACAUGAAGUGAAGUACGAAGUUAAACAUGAGGUGAAACUGGAGCAUACUGGGAAGGAGAUGGCAGCGAAGGAGUUGUCAGAAAGCUGCGAGGAUGUAAAGUGCCAAUCCUUGCAAGGCUCUUGCGAGUUUGAGGACAAGCACAGGAAACGUCUGAAAAGUGAUGCAUCAGAAAAGUCCAAGUAUUCAGAGUCAAGGUAUUCUGAAUCCAAGUAUUCUGAAUCGAAGCAUUCAGAGUCAAACUAUUCACAAUCAAAGUAUUCAGAUUCACUGUAUUCCGAGUCAGCAUGUGCGUCGCCAUGUGCAUCGGCGUCCACGUCGGCUUGUGUCGACACCAAAUACAAAUCCGUCAUGGUGAUGUCGGAAGAAAAAGAUGAAUGUGUAAUUGCAACUGAGGUGUAAUGGGCCUGCAGGAAGCCGAUGCUCAUUGUGUCCUACGGGAGGCAUUUUGGACUCCCUAAGAAAAUGCUGCUGCUCGAACCUUAGGUGGAAACGUCCCACCUCAUGACUACUGCUGCUGAGAAACUAAGACUGAUUAACUGAUAUUCAGGAUGAGCUGGUUCUCUGUAUUGAAAGAGGCGCAGGCAGUGGUAGCCUGUAGGCUUGGAAACUUGGAAAUGAUGGCUGGAGUGUCAAAUAAAGUUUAAAAUGUAGUUGUAAAAUUUACCUGUAAAGCCAUUUUAAAGGUGUUGGACAAUAUGUGUCCAUUUUUAAUGUUUUUUAAUGUGGGUUCAUCACAUGGAAAUGGCAUUAGGAAAAAUAUAACAUAAAUAGAGGGGAAUACAAGAAAAGUAUCGCCGUGUUUUGCCAUGUGAUGUCCAAUACUGUGUCAGCAUCGUGGCAACGUUUUCGCAAUAUUUUGGCAACAUUUGCUGUUUUUUCGCCAACAAUUCCAGGGCCCCACAGGCUUUUACUGUGCCCAGAGACUGCACCAAACAUUAAGGAUGUUGAAGUAGUUUAAAAGAAAUGUAUCGCAAUUGUUUUGCCAUCGACUGUCUGGCAAAGUUGUGACAACAUUUUAGCAAUAUUUUGGCAACAUUUGCUGGCCCCACAAGUCAGUGUACAAGUCACUACGGUGGAUGUUCAGCCAUACUGGCCGGUCUUGCACUGAGUUAAAUGUCACAUGAUGUCAUAUCCCGUCACAUGACCAGUGGACUCUAUAUCUAAAAGUGCUCAAAAAAAUCUCAAAGUCUUCCGAGCCUCCGCUUUUUUUGCAUUAUGGUUUAGCGUAUGUAAUUUUGUUUUUGGACGUUAAAAAAAAAAAGUUUGUGUUGAAGAUAUUAUCCUUGUUUGUAUGUUUUUG